CGCCUCUGUUUGGCAGUCCGGCCCCCCUCAGAGCCGGGGCAUGCAGGGGAGGGUGUAAAAGGACUGUGGCUCGUUCCAGUUAGGCUUAAGACCUACGGGAGCGCACACACAAGACACACAAGUGUUGUUCCUCCCUAACCUGUUUGCCUUUUAAAGAACCCUGCCAAAAUGUUGUCGCGGACACUUGUCGUUUCCUUGCUUUUUGCUGUAGCUGGUGUUGUUUUAUCUGCACCAGUGAAAGAUGGACAAGACUCAGAUGACAAAGCAGCUCCAGCCAUAGCAUUCAUGCAUGGUAAGUACCUACUUCAUCAGAUGUCUGUUAUGAACAAGGAGAUGCACGACCUCGCCACCAAGAAGGAGAGUGAGGAGAAGAGCUCUGAGUCAUCGGACGACAAAAAGAGCAAGAACGCCAGCAAGAAAGACAAAGACAGCAAGGACUCCAGCAAGGACUCCAGCAAGGACUCCAGCAAGGACUCCAGCAAAAACUCCAGCAAGGACUCCAGCAAGGACUCCAGCAAGGACUCCAGCAAAAACUCCAGCAAGGACUCCAGCAAGGACUCCAGCAAGAACUCCAGCAAGGACUCCAGCAAGGACUCCAGCAAGAACUCCAGCAAGAACUCCAGCAAGGACUCCAGCAAGAACUCCAGCAAGGACUCCAGCAAGAACUCCAGCAAGGACUCCAGCAAGAACUCCAGCAAGAACUCCAGCAAGAACUCCAGCAAGAACUCCAGCAAGGACUCCAGCAAGAACUCCAGCAAGGACUCCAGCAAGAACUCCAGCAAGAACUCCAGCAAAAGUCAAGUCCAACGCUUCCAUCACAUCUGAGGCAGACACCGCUGAAGCACCGGAUCAACCAGACACGCCAGAUGAUACAACACAAAGUCAAGUCCAACACUUCCAUCUCAUUCACGCAGAAAUGCUUACAUACUAGUUCAACCCAAAUAAAAGUAACAAUUAUAACGAAGUAUAAGAAAGAUUGAAUUAUUAACUAUAAAUAUCUUAAUUCCUGUUCUUUCAGUAGGGUUUUAGUACCCCCCAUGUCCGAUGUUUAUGCGACUCAUAGCCUUAAAAUCCUUGACAUUGUGAAACACACAACUGCUACUUUUACUGAAAAGAACAUUGGUUUGAUAUCUGUGCAAUUCUGCUCGAUUUUCUCUGUCUAAAAACAUACAGUGCUCAAAUGUCAUAGGGCUGUGAUGCAUCUGCAUGUUGUGGGACUUUCUCUGCAUUCUAGUUCUGCUUUUCCACGUUGCUACAACUCUUUCUUCAGAUAACUGCAAGUAAAAAAAAAACAUUUCUGACUCUCACAAACUUUUUGCUUGUGUUAAAACAACAGACAAAUAUCUCGCUGUAACAAAACAAUUUCCACAAAAAAAGAAGUGUACAGACAUUUUAUGAGGCAAUUUCGUUAUGCACGUCUCUACCUUUUGAGGAUUUAUGACUAAUAUUGUAUGUGUAUGUGUAAGAGCAAUGUUGAUGGAUUAUUGUAAUGACAAGAGAUGUAUAGAUAUAUCAGUAAUGUAAUUUUAAUAUGUACACAGGGAGCAAAUCGAAUAAAGCCUGAGUGGUCAGAAAAAAAAA